CUUUUACGCUGAUUCUUAAAUUUUCAAGGUCUGAUGCGCAUCAUUAAUCAUUAGUCGGAUUCGUAGCCUGUGAGGUGUGAGUGAUUUGUGCGGUGGUGAACGGUCCAAAGUGGAGCCUGUCCCACCGAUAUUAAAAGGCGACCAGACCCGUCGUCAUUAUUAUCAUUUUCUGAUCGUUAUAAACAUCUCACAGAGUUUCGCUCUCAAAUUCAUACAUUGCACUCGUAUUAUCAACAGUGUCAGUCAUACAAUCAAUUAUGUUCAGAUUCUCGACUCGUUUGCCCCCUCCGGGCCGUAUCUACUCGAGUUCCUUGAGAAAGAUAACCCGUGCAACCGCAUUUCAGCUUCGGCCAAAAUGCACCCAAAGUUCCCCAAAGACUCCAUGCAGCAAAAAUGACGGAAAGAAGCUGCCUCCUUCGGUAUUUUCAUUGCAGUUCUGGGCGUCGAGGACAGUCUGGAAUCGAGCUGGUGUAAACACACUACGAUGUCUAGUUGGCUGUACUCUCGGCGACUUCUCAUCCAUGUGGUAUCUCCAAGCUUUCCAUCCGGAUCUUGGGACUGGGGCAAUCAUGGCAAUUUCCAUGGCGAGCGGUGUCACGACUUCUCUACUUCUGGAGACUGUUCUUCUCCGCCUCGGCCGUGAUCAACUUGGCUGGAGGUUGGCGGCCAAGACGGCUGCAGGAAUGAGUCUGCUAUCAAUGGUAUCGAUGGAACUGGCCGAGAACCUUGUUGAUUACCAUUUAACCGGAGGGGUCAUCCAGCUUGACUCGCCGCAGUUCUGGGGCGCUGCUAUUGUAUCGAUAGCAGCCGGGUUCUUGACACCAUUGCCGUAUAAUUACCACAGACUGCGGAAGUAUGGCAAGGCGUGUCAUUGAGGUGUGAUUUGCAUAAAAUCGACAAUGUUGUAUAAUAGUUCCAUUUAUUAAGCGUUUCAAAGGACGGUGUUAAGGACUGUAAUAGUAGUUCAUUCAAAUAACGUAUUUCACG